UGACUACUGUUUUGUUGAUUGCACAAUGGAUGAUUUUGAGUUGGUGUUAGUGUUGAGAGUGCGAAAAGGCUGCUGAACCGAGCUCCAACACCAGGCUGGGCUUAGAGGAACGGAACCAAUCGCAUAUCAAUCGAUAGCCUAUGACCUCACGCCUCUGCGCUGUGCUGCUGCUGCAUCUCAAGUUUACGCGAGAACUUCUCGACGGCGAAAGUGAAAUCGUUUAAAAUUCAAAGUGUAUGAAAAUUGAGAAUGGAAGGUGCUCUGUUUGAUCAAGUUCUUAAUGUGGUUUUUAAAUCACAAGGCCAAGAUGAAAGGACCUUUGGGAUCAGAAUCUUUCUUGAACUGGUCUCUGUUACAUCACCCAUUCACAGAAAGGAGCUCCAUGUGAGAUUGACUGAUGACAAAGACCCUUUCUUUCUAUAUGAUCUUCAUCUUGGAGAGGAGGAUUUUCAAGUGUUGAAGAAUCAGCAAGGUUUACUGGUGGAUUUCAGUGCAUUCCCUCAGAAGUUCAUUGAACUAUUGCAGUUAUGUGCUCAGAACCAAGGCCAGAUGCAUGGCAAGUUUGUUCUCCAGCUGAACCAGUCCAUGGACCUCGCUGGUUCGUCUUAUGGUCUAGCUCAGCUAAGUGUCGUUGAGACCAAUCCUUUCAAGCAUCUCACUCAUCUCUCACUGAGUCUUAAACCUGGCACAGAUUCAGAAGUCAAGAGUUACUUAGCCAAGUGCCUCAAGUCGCUGCAGGAUGAUCACAAUCAGCUUCAAACUCAUCUUAGUACCAGAGAGACAUCCCUCACCCAUCAGCUGCAACAAACCCAAGAGUUACUCCAGACCCGGAGCAGUGAGCUUGAGAGAUUAAAAGGUCAGUGGAGUAGUCAGUCUGAUAGCCUUGAAGCUAAACACCAGCAGGAACUAGCUGAAGAACGACAGAAAGCUCUAGAGAUGCAGAGAGAUGUUGAGAAGCAGAGCUCGGCACAGUGUCAAGAACUGGAAGAGAAGCAUAGAAAACAGAGCGAGAAGAUGCAGUCUCGUAUUGCAGAACUACAGGCUGUUAAUAGGGAGAUGCAUGAAAGAAGGCAAGCACAGGAAUCCAACAUCAAAGAGCUCCGUAGUAAAUUGCACAUGCUUGAAGAGGACUAUCAGCGUGCUCAGAGAGAGUUGCAGUCUACAAGGCGUCACACAGACCGCCUUGAGACUGAACAUACUGACCGAGAACAGACCGUUGGUCAGCUUACCACUCGUCUAGCUGUCCUUGAACAGGAAGUCCGAGAUAAGCAGGCCCUUGCUGACAAAUCGGCUCAAUUACUAGAGGCCGCGAGUGAAAGCAAGGCUCAACUUGAAGAGAAUCUUCAGCACAAGCAAACCCUCCUUGUCAAACUUGAAAGCACUGUCAAAUCAACAUCUAAAGAGGUUUUGAAGGGAAAUGAGAUCAUACGGAAAUUACAGGGAGAACUGAAAUCAGCAGCGGCAAAGAUGAAGCUAAAGAACACAGUGACAAGCAAACAAGAGAAACUUAUUGAAGAGAAAAGUCAGACGUUACACUCUACACAAGAAGAGAGAGACAAGUUAAAGAGAACAUGCGACUCUAUGGAGGCAGAGAAUGAAAGAUUGAAGGAUGCUCUAGAGAGGACAACAGGCAAACUUGAGGAAAGCAAACAAUUACUCAAAACUAAUGAAAAUGUAAUCAAUUGGCUAAACAAGCAGGUUAAUGAGGUUCACCUAUCUCAGCGCCAUGGUACGUUUGAGCCAUCAUCUCGACCACCACCUGUCACAUCUUAUAAACCUGCAGGAGUACAGUAUCCAUCAAUAGGAGCUAACAAAGGAGUGCCUCCUACAACCAGCACCACCGCUGCUCUACCCCGCCACGCCCUUACCUCCACCCCUUCAGCGAUUCCAAGUGUUCCUCUCAGCACGCCUCACUCCGGUCUCAGUGCUAUCCAGCAUACCUCUCAUGCAAGCCCUGCAUUGGACCCAAAAUACCUCCAAAGACAAGAACAAGCUGGCCCGAUGAGAACGGCCCCUCCACCAAGCUAUCCUUUGCAUUCUAUGAACCAACAGAGACCUCCAAAUGUGGCUCCAUCUCAACCUCUCUCCCAGACACACCCUCCUGCCGUAAGGGGGCGUGUCCCAUCCAUACCAGGACCCAGGGGUGGAGGACCGGUGCAAGGGGGUAAGCCUGGUGAACAGGGAGGGGAUCCUGCCGGUGCCGCUGACCAGGGACAGCCACCUCUCAUGAGCGCCUACUUCCCAAGGUCAAUGCAAGCUGCUUCGUAGCUUCCAUAUGUGAUUGACAUCCAUUUGGAUGCUUUCCCUUGGACUGUGAAUAUUGAAGAUUCAUCUUGUGGGAAUCAGUGCCUUUAAAAGUGUUCGCAAAUGGCAUUAUACAAAUGCUAUUCAUCAUCAUCAUUAAAGCUAUCCUGAGAUGAAGGUAUGCCGUGUAUUUAGUACGAGGCGUCAUAGAGAAGUAAAUUGAAGUUCACGUACAGUGAAACGUGUUUAUAGUAACCAUUUAAAGGGAAAAUCAAACUUUGGCCUUGGUAGACAGAUUCUACCAUUUCAGUGGUCAGUAUUGACAGGUGCCUAACACAGGUUUCACUGUAUUUGAACAUUUUUCAUGAAAAGGUGAAAUGAGAAUGAGACAUAUGCCUCUUUGUAUUAGAGACCCACAGGACUGUAAAGGGCUGAAUUGAUCAAUGACGGUAAAGUGACCACGAGAAGCAGUUUGCUGGAAAAUAGAGAGCUGUUAUAUAGUGUAUGACUUUGUUUGAGUAUGGCUGUAAUAUCGUCGAAGUUACUCAUCUGCAUAUUAUUGCACUACACUAGGCCAGUGUUACAGUGAUAAAACACAAGGCACAUUGCCAAAAGUUAGUGCCUCUUUAAGCAAGAAUCUCGCAAUGAUGGCAUUAAGCUCCUUUACUGUAUUCCUUAUUGUUUCAUCUAUAAUAAUGAUAGGCAUUUGUAGAGCGCAAUCUAUCUAGAAACAAUCUAUUCCGAGGCGCAUUUUUGUCUCACCUGCAUAGCAGAGCGAGACUAUAGGCGCCGCUUUUCCGACGGCGGCGGCAGCGUCGACAUCAAAUCUUAACCUAAGGUUAAUUUUUUUAAAUGACAUCAUAACUUAGAAAGUAUAUGGACCUAGUUCAUGAAACUUGGACAUAAGGUUAAUCAAGUAUUACUGAACAUCCUGCCUGAGUUUCAGGUCACCUGACUAAGGUCAAAGGUCAUUAAGGGGUAAAUGAACUUAGACCAUGUUGGGAGAAUUAUUUUCAAAAUCUUAACCGAAGGUUAAGUUUUUGAAAUGACAUCAUAACUUAAAAAGUAUAUGGACCUGGUUCAUGAAACUUGGGCAUAAGGUUAAUCAAGUAUUAGUGAACAUCCUGCACCAGUUUCAGGUCACAUGACCAAGGUCAAAGGUCAUUUAGGGUCAAUGAACUUUGGUCAAGUUGGGGGUAUUUUUUUAAUUACUAUCAUAACUUUGAAAAUUUAUGGAUCUAGUUCAUGAAACUUGGACAUAAGGUUAAUCAAGUAUUAGUGAACAUCCUUCCCGAGUUUCAGGUCACAUGACCAAGGUCAUUUAGUGUCGAUGAACUUUGGCCAAGUUGGGGGUCUUUGUUAAAUUACCAUCCUAACUUUGAAAAUUUAUGGAUCUAGUUCAUGAAACUUGGGAUAUAAGAGUAAUCAAGUAUCACUGAAUAUUCUGUGCGAGUUUCAGGUCACAAAACCAAGGUCAAUGGUCAGUUAAGGUCAAUGAAUUUUGGCCGUGUUGGGGUAAUUGUUGAAUUGCCAUCAUAACUUUGAAAGUUUAUGGAUAGAGUGAAUGAAAUGUGGACAUGGGUGUAGUUGACAAGUCUGAAGUCACCGUUCAAAUGUCAUCUAUGGUCAAUGAACGUGGUAUUAUGUCAUUAUAUGAAUGGUGUUUUUGUGAAUGAUUAUUUUGUAGUAGUUUUCAAAGUUAGCACUGCUGCUAUAUUAAAUCGCGUAAUGCAGGCGAGACUGCCAGAGGCGUUCCACUUGUUAUUAUUAUUAUUACCCCAGCUUUAGCUCGAGCAUUCAAUGAAUUAAUCCUGCUGGGUACCCAUUCACCUCACCUGGGUUGAGUGCAGCAGUGUGGAUAAAUUUCUUGCUGAAGGAAGACACGCCAUGGCUAUGAUGGAGUAUGAGGAGGAAAAGCUGCUUGCUGGAUUCCUAGGAGCAAUUCUCAAUCUCAAUUGACAAGUCGUCUGAUCAUACAACUUCCCGUGAUUUUGAUUGGCUGAGAUGCACUUUUACUAUGGUAACUAUCGGAUAAAACAUGACUUGUCGAAGCAAAACCUCCGUUAUGUCCUUCAUGGAAAUACUCCCCUGCAUCAAAGAGGCCGCUCUGAAUUUUGGUUAGUUGCCUAAGUGGCUCUAGAAAUCAGAUGUUAAGAAUCAUUUGUAAUGUUACCAAGUUGUCGAAAUUGCCACAGGAAGGGGCAACAGUUACCUCAAUUGAAUGAUAGGGGUGUGUAGAGUUGCAUCACCCAGACCUCUCUUUUAUUCUUCCACUUUCCCUCUUUAUAUUACCCCCUUUUUUUACUAUUUUGAAAAAAAGAAUGGUGGGAGGGGGCAGUCUCCCUUCUAGCUAUGGGAUGAAGCAAACACCCUGCCUUUGCAAUCACUAUUAGUUGGGGAUGAUGUAUCGCUACAUAUGGUGAAUAACGAUGUAAAUAUGAAAAUUGCCAAUCUUUUCACAUUGCACUUUGCAAGCAAUGUUGUAUCCCAAUUUAUUUUCAAAUCAUGUAAACAAAUGGGGAAUUUAAAGAGUGAAUUUUGACUACACAGGGGCACGGUGAAUCUUCUGACAUUCGCUUCUAUACAUUUUCGGUUACAUUAUAUCUUUUCAUCAAGCAAUCUGAAAUGAAUUAAAUAUGAUGGUCAUUUGAUCUCUAUACUAUAGAAAAUGAAGAAUGCCUGGAAGCAUACUUAUAACAUUUUUUUCUCAUUUUUCUGGCAAAUAUUCUGGGAUUAAUGUGGUUAAGAUAAGGAGGAAACUAUUCAUUAUAGUAGCGAGGAUGUCAAAAUCCUACAUCUCAAAAUGUUUCAUCCUGGAAUAGGAUUGUAAUGAAAUGCUCUUUGAGAUAGCACUCGGCUAAAACAAGUGUAAAUUUUGAGAUUCGCUUUCUUUGGUAAGAAGUGUAUUUGAAGGGGAGACUUCAUGAGAAGGAAAAAAAAAAAACAUCUUAAAAUACUGCUGUUACUGAUUAGAACCAUAAGCACACAUAAAUCUCAUUGAGCUGCAAUUCAUCUGGCAAGUUAAACAGACCUGCCAACCAGUACAUUUUGGGCGUAUUUAGUACGUUUUUGCAACCAUACUACGGCAGUACGUUUUUUUCUUUAAAAUAUACGUUUUUGUAAAAAAAAAGUCUCUAUUUCAUAAAACUUACACAAAUGUGGUUAUUAGAUCAAUGUAAUUUCAGGUAACUUUUUUUUUCAAUCAUUUUGUUAAAACCAGGGUGAGAUAUACACAUGUUUCAAUGUGGUUUUUUUGUUCAUCUGCAAGAGCAGUGCGCAUUUUAGCUUGCAUGCAGCUUGAGCGCCAUGAUGAGCAAGUGCGCCACGCAUUUUAUUAUGAAAUACACUUUUUUGGGGGAAAAUACAGUUUUUUUUUUAAUCACAGAAUACAAUUUUUCAUUCCCAGAGGUUGGCAGGUCUGGUUAAAUGCCCAUUCUACGAAUUAUAUAUAAAAUACAACAGUAAAGGUAAAGGUGUUGUACAAAAUAUUUAUUUACAUACAUUAAAUACAUGUACAUGCUUGUACACAAAAAUGUAACAUCCAAAGUCAUCCUCUCGUCUCCUUUAAUUCAACUUUCCCUUUGUAACAAAACUAAAAUUUCAGCUAAAAACCAAUUAUUCAUGUGUUAGCCUUCAGCACAUAUGGAAUAUUGUGAUUUCCUUUUAUAUUGCUAUUGGCUAUUUCUUAGGUCUUCACAUGAUUAACUUUUAAGUCUUUUUAAGUGGGAAAAAAGAUGAUCAUGUUUGACAUAUUGAUUGUAUAAUCUUCUAUAGAUGUAUUUAGAGUGUUUAUGUAAUAAGAUGUACAUUUCAAAUAAUUUAUCUGAAGUCUAUUUUUAAUGUACUGUAUCAUAAAAUGUAGAAAUUGUACAGAUGUUGGAAUUUAUAAUCAUUAAAGUUUGAAUGUGUCAUACAAAAUAUAAUUAAAGUAUUGUCUCAAUUU